AUGGGGUGCAUCUCCUCCAAGGUACUGAGCAGGUCGGGGAGCCUGCGGGAGAAGGCCAAUCAGGGGCUCCAGAGGAGCAGCCUGGUCGAGGAGAUCAUCCUCUCCAACUCCAAGAGAAACGGCGACCAGUUCCUCGCCCUCCUCCGCACCUCCAGCUCCGCCGCCAGGAGCAGCAAGGUCGACGCCGUCGAGCAGAGCCCGGAGCCUGCCUCGGCGGCGGCCAAGAUCGAGACGAUCAACGUGUCUGACCUUCUCGCCGGGCUGGAGGAGGAGAACACCGCGGAAGGUGCCGAGGAGCGGGACGAUGAUCGGAAAUCAGACGGCGGCAAAACUUCGUCGCUUCGGUAUGCAUACGAUGUCACCGCCGGGAGGGCGGUCAGCUUCCGCACGCUGGAGGAGUUCGACGCGCUGGUUUCGCGGUGCGGCUCGCCGGAGAAAGCGGAGCCUGCACCAGCACCAGCGCCUGAACCAGACGCGUCGGUGGAGGUGGAGCCGCCGGCGCAGAGCAGCUGCACGGAGCAAGACGCGAUGGCCACCGCCAGCAGCGCUCCGGAACUAGGGGAGACGCCCGGCGGCGCGAAGAGGCGGGCCAGGGCGAGGCAGCUCGGUGAGCUGAGCGCGGCGCCGGGCUUCGACUUCAGCAAGUCCGGCAGCCUGAGGGACUGGCUGCUCGGCGGCGGGCAGAUGUUCUCGCCGGGCUCCUACGUCACGCCCAAGUUCGGCAGCGUACCGGCGGCACCGCCCGAGUCGGCAGAACACGGAGAGCGCGCGGUGUUUGAUCCGGAGCUGGUGGCGCAGCUGGAGGAGGCCAUGGAGGAGCUCUCGGUGGACGAGGAGCGCGUGCUGAGGGAGGUCUUGGAGGUAGCGAUUGCAGCUCAGAAUGACAUGGCUUCCAACGGGAGCGCCGGCGAGGUCAGGGACGUCCACAGCAGCGAGACCACCAAGACCCUCCUCAAGAGCGACGACCUCUACGACUACAUGCUGAAGACGAUGGUGUACCCGCGGGAGAACGAGUUCAUGCGCGAGCUCCGACAGAUCACCAGCGAGCACAUCUUGUACGCGGGGCAGGUGCUGUCACUGCUGCUCAAGGUGAUGGGCGCCAAGAGGACCAUCGAGGUGGGGGUCUACACCGGCUGCUCGGUCCUCGCCACGGCGCUCGCCAUCCCGGACGACGGCAGGAUCGUCGCCAUCGACGUAAGCAGGGAGUACUUCGAGCUCGGCCUCCCCGUCAUCAAGAAGGCCGGCGUCGCGCACAAGGUCGACUUCCGCGAGGGCCCCGCUGGCCCGAUCCUCGACAGGCUCAUCGCCGACGAGGACGAGGGGAGCUUCGACUUCGCCUUCGUGGAUGCCGACAAGUACAACUACGGCAACUACCACGAGCAGCUGCUGCGGCUGGUGCGCGUCGGCGGCGUCCUCGCCUACGACAACACGCUCUGGGGCGGCACCGUGGCCAUGCCCGACGAAACGCCGCUCACGGAGGAGGACCGCAAGAAACGGGACUCCAUCAGGGGGUUCAACGCCAUGAUCGCCGCCGACACGCGCGUCGACCCCGUGCAGCUCCCUAUCGCCGAUGGCAUCACGCUCUGCCGCCGCGUCGCUUGA